AUGGAAAAACGUAUUGUUAAUUUGCGAGUAAUCCGCAUCAUGAAUUUCAUGUGUAAGCACAAACUUCUUGACGUCGAGUAUGAAAUUUUAGUUGACUUUCCUCUUCAGCAAGCCAGUGACAGAAGUGUUGUAGGGGAAUAUGGAACUUGGGUGAUUCAGCGAUUACAAGAAGCACAUGAGUGACAUGACGUGAACCUUCUUGCGGACAUGCUGCCUCGGGACAUCACGGAACCUGGAGAGACGCAAUUAGAAUUGUGCAAGAGGCGGGGAAUAGUCGGUGGGUCAGGCCUGGAUCUGGAGCGUUGUCGUUGGAUUCUACACCGGUCUGAAAUGAGGCAACAUUCUUACGACUCUGGAGAUACUGGCUAACAGAUGUCAUAUGGAUUGGACAAGAUUGGUCAUAUCGUCAGUGUGAACCGAAGAUAGGAACCUGUUGCCUCUCAAUUACGGAAUUACUUUUUGAGAAAAAGCAGUGCCAGUGUAUUCCGGGCACUAAAUACAACUGCAAUGCGUUAUCUCCGAUUCAUAUGAUCAAGAAUUGUCUGUGAUGUGAGUUCCCAGCAACAGCAGCCGAAAAGUUGGAAGUAGCAGCAUAAACAGAAGCGAAGAUCAGCUAUGAAGUUGCUGAAUGCAGACGUCAAGC